UUACUCCUAGUGUCGUCGGUAGUAGUAGUGUCAGGACUAUGGAACGAGUUACUUCCGUUCGGGCCGGAAGAAGGGGAUGUGUCACUUCCCAGCGACCGGGAUGACGUUUCAAGUCCGGAAGUCACUUUGAAGGUUCCUAUUUGGUUUUACGGGGACUCGUACGACUCCAUUUAUGUGAAUUCAAACGGCUUGCUGUCUUUCAUCACUGAAAUACCCAGCUUCGUGAAUGUGCCUUUCCCGCUGAAUUAUCCAACAAUUUCCCCGUUCUACUGCGAUGUGGACACUCGGGCUUCUGGAAACGUGUUUUACAGAGAAACUUCAGACCCCAACUUGCUAGACAGGGUCAAGACGGAAAUCAGACGGUAUUUCAGUGCGUCAAGAGACUUUUCGCCCACUUCAUUGCUGAUUGCGACCUGGAACGACGUUGGGUAUUUCGAGGCCAAAAGUGACAAGAAAAACAGCUUCCAAGUCGUGGUGGCAUCAGACGGUCAGGAAUCUUUCGCAGGGUUCUUGUACCCUGAAAGUGGUCUUCAGUGGUCCCAGAGUGAAGGCAAGAACCCGCACUUGAAAGAUGCCCGGGCCCAGGUGGGUCUGACUUCGGGUCGCGGAGCCUGGCUGUCAGUCAAGGAAUCUGGCACAGAGCAGGUGGUUCACCUUGACAAGAGAUCGAAUGUUGGCGUCCCGGGCCUGUGGAUUUUUCGGAUGGGAGACGAAGUCCAAACCCCUGAUCUGGGGUCUUUGACUGAUGAGCCACUGAGGAUGACAGGGACAGUCAACUUGGAAAUAAAUGGAGUUUCAGUUGAGGACCAGGUGCUUGAUGCUUACGUGGUCACCCAUGAGGGCAGAGGCUAUUCAGGCAUUUCCAGGAUCCCUCCAAGAUUAGGGUGGAGCAUGCAGCUCUUGUCAGUGCUGGAGGACAUGAUCGGGGUUUUGUUUGCACAACCCAGAGGAGGAGCUCCAAAUGCAUUUGAACUCACUGGUGGUGUCUUCAACUACUCAGCAGAAGUGCACUUCUUAUCCACUGGGGACAGGGUUUAUGUGGAUGCACAUUUCCCUGGAGUGGAUGUGUUUGAUUUUCUGAAACUGAAUCUUCAUGUCAGAGGUAGUAUUCCUGCUGUUCCCCCAGGAUCUGCUGUAGAGCUGGGAGAAUAUUCAGAUGAAUUCACACGAAUCACCAGAGGUGAGAUGCAGUCAAAGAGCAAAAGAGCCUACAAGAUUGGCUCGCAGAUUCUUGAGGCAAUGGUCACGCAAAGAAUCGAGUUUUCGCCGUGUAUGUUCGGCCCUGAAGUGGAUCCUAGGUUCAAGACUUUGUUGCUGAAGGUUUCCAGGUUUGAGUACGUGGCUCAAGGAUUCGAAGCUCAACCCCAGUGCGUUGACGUGAACGAGUGUGUGACCAAUCGACACAACUGUCACCCGAAUGCUCUCUGCCUGAAUAUGCCUGGAGGCUUCAGGUGUGAAUGCAGAAACGGGUUCACUGGCAACGGGGUUACGUGCCACAAUUACUGCCAGAGUGAUGUGGACUGUGACCAAAAUGCAACCUGCAAAUUUGAUAUCAAUACUGUCAGAGAUAGGUGUCAGUGCAACCCAGGAUACCAAGGAGAUGGUCUGAGUUGCAAACCCAUUCCUGAUGUGGGUUGCGAAAUUGUAGACAACUGUGACAGGCAUGCCACUUGCAGGUAUGACAUGGUGACCAAGAAAUACAGAUGCAUCUGCAAUGAGGGCUACUCUGGUGAUGGGGCAUCCUGCAAGCUGGACAUGUUACCCUGUGUUGUGGACUCUGACUGUGGACCCAAUGCUGAGUGUGUGAAUCCAUACCCUGAUGAAAGGGUUUCAAGGGAGAUGGGUAUGACUGCCAGGCAGCCCAGUCCUGCUAUGUUAACCCAGCCAUGUGCCAUAGACAUGCUGUUUGUGUUCCUGGACCUGGAGGACUCACACAUAGCUGCUGGUGCAAUCAAGGUUAUGAAGGGGAUGGCUUUGAAUGUGCAGGUGUGUUACAUCAGCAAGACUGUGAGACCAAAGGGAGAGGCCAUGUUUGUUGCUCAAGGGAUGUCAGUACUGAAAGUACCACUGGAACCAACCAUCAGUGAUUCAGGAGCACCCAUAUUGUUGGAUCCAUUACAAACUGCAGUUGGCAUUGAUGCUGACUGUGUGCGCGGAAAGAUAUACUAUGGGGACAUUUCUGGUGGCUCCAUCUGGUCCGCAAACUUCAACGGAUCUGACAGGAAGGUUUUCAUAGAGAAAAAUGUAACCUCGCCAGAGGGCGUGGCAGUGGACUGGAAAUCAAACCUAAUUUAUUGGACGGACUCUGUGCAAAAAAGCGUUGACGUGGCAGUGCUCAAGAAUGGUCGCCAAAAGCGGCUAGUGUCCACUGAGUUGGUCAAUCCCAGGGGAAUCGCAGUUCACUCUCGAAGAACGAAGAUAUAUUGGUCUGACUGGAACCGCGAGAAUCCAAAGAUUGAAGAGGCGGAUCAAGAUGGUGGACGCAGGAGGACUCUGAUUCGUGCCCAGGUCGCAUUGCCCAGUGCCUUGGCCGUUGAUUUGUCCACCGAUGAACUCUGCUGGGCGGACGCUGGAAAGGCACACAUUGCGUGUCUCUCGCUGCAAGAUGGCGCCUCGCAGAGGAUCAUCACAGCUGCUGCUCGGCCCUUCGGCCUGUCCAUCACCGCUGGAAAGUACUUUUGGACUGACUGGGACACCAAGACCAUCAUGACAGCCAGCAAGAGGGAUCCCAGCAGUGUGAAAGCCCUGAAUGUGCCAUUUGCGAAAACAGCCAGGCUCUAUGGGGUGGCUGCUGUGCCAGCUAUGUCACUCCGUGUACCUUUGAAAAUGGAGGCUGUCAAGAUUAUCAGAUGUGUAUCCCAAGUUCCCGUGGUACCAGGAAAUGCCACUGUGCUGAUGAACCACAAGAUGGUGACCCACCAUGUCGUCCAAUUGUUGACUAUUGAAAGCCAAGCUAUUAUUCUGGAAAUGUCCACAAAUCUAGCGAAACCCGCAAAAUGCCCAGCACCGCAAAUCGGAAGAACAUUUGCAAAGAGGCAUACUUCUUCCGGAACGAGCGACAUCUCGGUUAUCACCGCUACAACUGCAGACGGCGACGAUGUUGAUGACGAUGAACAGGGGUCAGCUUGGCUGUUCGACCCUGACGCCGAUGCUGACGAUUGUAGCUGCGUUUCGAAUAGAAUUCACGCUUCUCUCAUUUCAAAAAGUUGCCCACCAGCUAAAAACUUUCAUUGCAAAUCCGAACAGCCAGAUGGAAGAGUUACUGAUCUUGACAAGUGUCGAGUUCCUGGACCGUCUUCUGAGGAGGAAGAAGAACCCCCCUGUGAAGAAGAAUGUCCUGCCUCUGAGAAAGAACCCGUGGAACCUCCUCCUCCAUGUACUCCCAGAUCUGCAACUGAGGAAUGUUUUGCGAAACUGCCUUGCGACGAAGAAAUCGACGAUUUCCUCGAGAUGCUCGUGCAUCAAUAUUUGUCAUUGUACACUUUUUCCAUGAAAGCGACUCGAGCCGCUUGGGAGACUUGCCUCGAACCAGAACCGAUUGCAGAAACGAUUUCUCCUUCAGGAAAAGUUUGCACAGUAAAACACGAAGAAGCAGUGACGGUUGAAUUACUUCGAGAAGACCUAAGUCCAGAUGGUCCCAAGGCUUUGAGUCCAUGGUCCCCAGCUUACGACAUUUGCGAUAUUCCUCCACGACCGGAUUACCGUGGUUGGGUGCGAGAAAUCCUGGGAUGGUUAUUGGAGGGUUCAGCUCGAUACCGGGAUCAAAGCAGACGAUUUGUUCGUCUGCCAUGGGUUGCUCCUCCAGCACAAGCCAGUCCAUCGCUCGGUAAGGCGUCUGAUCCGUGUCGGGAACCAUCAGUGGAACCCGAGAAACCUGCAUCAUGUGAUACACGGCCCAAUUUGCCGUGUUCGCCGAAAAGGAAGACCGGAAGGAUACAUUUGCCAGGAACAGACCCGGAUAGUGGGGAAUCGGAUGAUGGAGAACCUGGGUUCCCUUUUGCCACAAUAUCCAGUGGUGCAUUGCAUCGCAGGGGAAUGGAUAGGUUCAAGGCUGAACCCAGUUACGCAGAGAAUUAUCCGAGAUUUCACUCUGUGCCUUCGCUCAUCAUGGAAGACCUGUGUUCUGAGAAGCACAAACUCGGUUUAGUAGCAGCUGAGAGAGCCAGGGUGCUAGCGGAAGAUGUCGCCUCUGUCGGGGAUGCGGCGACAUCUGUUAUUAAGAGCCACGGUGGUCAUAGGCCACGUAAAUGGAGACCAUGCGACCCGUUGUGUGAUGCAGCUACUCUUUAUGACCACUACAAGCAUUCCCCUGCUGCCAAGGAAGCGUUAGCGAAAGGCAAACCAUUAAAGUCGAAGAAGACCUGGAUGGAAUGGUUUGAAGACCUAAUUUUCGGCGAAGAGGAUGAUGAGAGUUGCACUUCGAUUGAAGAAGAAUGUUGUUAUCCUGUCGGUGACGAAGAACACGAAGACUGCUCUGAACUUGACGCAAUACUUCGAGCAAGACGCUGCAAAAAGGAUGACGAGCCACAACCUCUA